AUGGCUCUCCCGCAGCUGCCGUGGCUUUCCUGGACGCUCGUUUACCUGCUCGUUCUGGGAGCCCAGUCCCUGGAAAACGGCUUGGCUCGCACUCCACCAAUGGGCUGGAUCACGUGGACCAGAUUCAUGUGCAACCAGUGCGCCCUCGGCCUCGAUGAAAACUGCCUCACCCAGAGGCUUAUCACUGAAAUGGCCGACCGCUUAAUGUACGAUGGCUACAAGGCUGCUGGCUACGACUACGUGAUUAUUGAUGACUGCUGGAGCUUCUAUUAUCGAAGCCAAGGGAAGCUGAUUGGAGAUACGCGGCGCUUUCCACGGGGCAUGAAAGCAGUCGUUGACGAGGUUCACGGCAGAGGACUAAAGUUCGGCAUCUACACCGACAUUGGAACAAAAACUUGCGGAGGCUACCCGGGAAGCUAUGGCUAUUACAAAACGGACGCCAACACCUUCGCUGAUUGGGGAGUCGAUUACGUCAAAGUUGACGGCUGCUCUGCGGAUCCCAAGCAGAUGGAUGACCUCUACACGGAAAUGGGUGAAGCCCUCCGCUCAAGUGGAAGAGACAUGGUCUACUCAUGCGAGUGGCCACUGUACCAGCAGAAAGCUGGAAUUAUGCCCAACUACAAGAACAUCUCGAAAACGUGUAACCUGUGGCGGAACUACGACGACGUUGGCUAUUCAUGGGACAGCAUCUACGACGCGGUCAAGUACCAAGCCGCCAACCAGGACGUAUUGACGGAAGUGUCGGGGCCUGGAGCCUGGACUGAUCCCGACGUGAUAGUCGCUGGCAACUAUGGCUUGACCAUCGAGCAGCAGCGCAUCCAAAUGGCUUACUGGGCCAUACUGGCGGCACCUAUGAUCAUGUCAAAUGACCUCCGAAGCAUUAACAGGAAAUCUAAGGAGCUACUCCUCAACAAGUACAUAAUCUCUGUUAACCAGGAUCCGCUAGGACUGAUGGGGAGGCGCCUGUCUAAGAUAAAUAACACGGAGCUAUGGACCAGGUGGGUUGCUCCCAAACUGCCUGACGGUCGUAUGUCCCUGGCUGUGCUGGUGCACAACGCAAACGUUUGCGGUGGACCUUCAAGAGUAGUGCUUGGAAUAUCGGACCUAGAUCUGGACAGCCCAGGUGGUUAUCAAGUCACGGACUUGGUUCAGAGCAACACAUUUAUUGGAGUGUUCUACCCAGGCCAUAGCAUCACUGUUACUGUGCCACCAUCGGACCUUUUCUUCUUCAAGGCCACUGUCAUUAAAGAAUGAGGAAAAAAAUUAGUAGAACAUCUGGAAAAGUGUGAAAGUUUGUAUAUACUCAUUACUUUAAAAUACAUUUGAAGUACACUCAAAUAAUAUGUAUAAGAUUCUC